CAGUAUGUUCUGCUCUUCACCACUUUGCUAACGAGCCGUCGUUGCGAGUUACGGUAGCGACGCCGACGACGGAAGGGUAAAACACACCGGCGUUGAUCCUGCCACUGAUUCAAUGGAGAGUGAAGCGAUUCAAGAGGAGCUCCAGAAUUUAGACGUUGAGUUAAAGGAUGUUCAAGGUCAAAUAAGUGCUUUGAUUGAGCAUCAAGAUAAAUUAUACGAGAGGAAGUCUGAGUUAAAGACAUUGUUAAAAGCAUUAGCAGCAUCAGGAAGCCCUGUUGCAUCAUCUGGUGGAUCUAGUGCUGUAGAGAAUUGGUCUGAGGCAUUUGAGUGGGAUUCUCGUGCUGACGAUGUUAGGUUUAACACCUUUGGUAUAUCCACAUAUAGGGCCAACCAGAAGGAAAUUAUUAACGCUAUAAUGUCGGGAAGAGAUGUUCUGGUGAUCAUGGCAGCAGGUGGCGGGAAGAGUCUUUGCUAUCAACUCCCCGCUAUACUUCGUGGUGGUACAACUCUUGUUGUCAGUCCUUUACUUUCACUGAUUCAGGAUCAGGUUAUGGGGUUGGCUGCUCUAGGAAUUUCAGCCUACAUGCUGACCUCUACUUCUGGCAAGGAAAAUGAGAAAUUUGUGUACAAGGCACUUGAAAAGGGUGAAGAUGACCUCAAGAUACUUUAUGUAACACCGGAAAAGGUAUCAAAGAGCAAAAGGUUCAUGUCGAAGCUUGAAAAGUGUCACAAUGCUGGUCGCCUCUCUCUUAUAUCAAUUGAUGAGGCUCAUUGUUGUAGUCAGUGGGGCCAUGAUUUUCGCCCUGAUUACAAGAAUUUAAGCAUUCUAAAAACCCAGUUUCCCAAAGUUCCUAUGGUGGCUUUAACUGCAACUGCUACACAGAAGAUCCAAAAUGAUCUGAUAGAAAUGCUGCAUAUUCCUAAAUGCGUCAAAUUUGUUAGCAGUGUUAACAGACCAAAUCUCUUUUACUCGGUGCGAGAAAAAUCGGCAGUUGGUAAAGUGGUGGUUGAUGAAAUUGCAGAUUUCAUACGGGAAUCAUACUCUAAUAAUGAAUCUGGAAUUGUCUAUUGCUUCUCACGGAAGGAGUGUGAACAGAUUGCAGGUGAUUUACGAGAGAGAGGGAUUUCUGCUGAUUAUUACCACGCAGACAUGGAUGUAAAUAUGCGCGAAAAAGUUCAUAUGCGAUGGAGCAAGAACAAGUUGCAGGUCAUUGUUGGAACAGUUGCCUUUGGCAUGGGAAUCAACAAGCCUGAUGUCAGGUUUGUCAUCCACCACAGUUUGAGCAAAUCGAUGGAGACUUACUAUCAGGAGAGUGGCCGUGCCGGUCGUGAUGGCCUCCCAUCUGAGUGCAUCCUCUUUUUUCGCUCCGCUGAUGUUCCCAGGCAGAGUUCCAUGGUCUUCUACGAGUAUUCUGGUCUACGGAAUCUCUAUGAUAUAGUUAGAUAUUGUCAGUCUAAAACCAAAUGUCGUAGAAGUGCUUUUUUCCGUCAUUUUGGGGAGCCAUCACAAGAUUGCAAUGGAAUGUGUGACAACUGUGCCUUGUCAAGUGAGGUCGAGGAAGUUGAUGUAUCGGACCUAGCUAAGCUCGUGGUUUCUAUGGUGCAAGAAAUGCAAGCUAAGGAUCAAAGAGUCACAAUGUUACAGCUGGGUGACAAACUCAGAAAUAAGCACAAAGAUCUAAGUGCUGAGUUAAAGAGAGACGAGAUAGAACAUCUUGUGAUAAAACUGAUCGUUGACUCGGUGUUGAAAGAAGAAUUCCAGCACACGCCGUACUCGACAAAUGCUUAUGUAACAAUGGGACCGUUGGCCAACCAACUGUUGCAAGGAAGAAAGACGAUUAAAAUGGAAUCCUCAAGCAAACAAAUCAAGAAAUCGAAAAGAAGUAUUUCAUUUUCCGGGUUAGAACUUAAGCUUGACGAGCUACGGAAGGAGAUAUCCGCAGCUGAUGGAAACAUACUCCCUCACACGGUCCUCUCAACCCAGCAGAUUGGCUCGAUAAGUUCCCAAAAACCAGAUUCAUUACAAGAGUUGGAGAAAAUUAUAGGAAAACUGAAAACAGAAAAGUAUGGAGACAGGAUUCUUGAGGAAGUAAAAAGACACGAUGCAGUCUCUGAGCAGCUUGUCGAAGACCCAGCAAAGGGAGAGACAUGUAAAAGCAGAUCAAGAAAGAGAGCUAAGACAGAGAAUGAAGUUGUUUUGUUAGAUGAAGAGGACGCUUGAUGAAGCAAAUAUCUUCUUAUUAAAUCAUCGUAGCUGUUAGGAGAAUUUUAGUUUUUCUCUCUUAAAGGUUCCAAAUCCACAUUAUUCUUAUGUAAGAAACUAACGGAUUUAAUAUCAUUAAAAAUAAUUACUAACAUACUCUGAAUGAGCAUCA